UCCAGCUCUGGCUCUCUAGGGUUCUGGGACAGCCACCAGUCUGAGAGAUUGUGGACAACCUACUCUCCCUUUGUCCUUCCAGGCACCACCCCGGCCACUUCCUUCCUAUACUCGGCAGCCACCUCUCCCCAGACAGCUCUGAGUCCUUGGCUGAAACAGACACUUCCACCUUUCCUUGGAGUGAACCAGGGGUCCCAGGGCCUCAAGGAGUUCUUGCUGAGCUUCCCCGGCUCGGAGGUGGUGCACUCCGCCCUGAGCCAAGUUCAGGGCACCCUCGGUGCUGUGUAUGGGAUGGCAGAAGAGGAAAGUGGAUCCAGCUGCUGUUCAACCACUGAGGACACUGUGUGUGCAGAGGAGUCGGCAGACUAUCGGCUCAUGUUCAAGUGCUUCAAAGAAAAUAAGGUGGAAAUCGCAAGCGCCAUCACAAAGUCCUUUCCUUUCCUUAUGAGCCUCCGAGACCGCGACUUCAUCUCUGAGCAGAAGUUCCAGAUUUCUAAAAAAAAAUGCGAGAACCAGGAUGCAGUGAGAAAUGUGGUGUAUGACAUCCUCUGCGACCUGCAAAAGAACUUCAGCCUGAGGCUUCUGGAAGUGAUCUUCAGCCCAACGCAUCUGAAGGCCUACCCAGACUUAAAGGAGAUUCUAAGUAUCUUCCUAGAUGAGCAAUCCACAAGUGAAAAUGAGAUGUGUUCCUGUGUCAUGUGUUACCCAGCACACAAGCCAAAAGAUCGGGAAGCAAGGAUCGGAAGCAGCCAAGCAGCCAUGGUCAACCCCACCGUGUUCUUCGACAUCAUGGCCAAUGGCAAGCCCUUGGGCCGCAUCUCCUUCGAGCUAUUUGCAGACAAAGUUCCAAAGACAGCAGAAAACUUUCGCGCUCUGAGCACUGGAGAGAAAGGAUUUGGAUAUAAGGGUUCCUCCUUUCACAGAAUUAUCCCAGGAUUCAUGUGCCAGGGUGGUGACUUCACACGCCAUAAUGGCACUGGUGGCAGGUCCAUCUACGGAGAGAAAUUCGAGGAUGAGAACUUCAUCCUGAAGCACACAGGUCCUGGCGUCUUGUCCAUGGCAAAUGCUGGGCCAAACACAAAUGGUUCCCAGUUUUUUAUCUGCACCGCCAAGACCGAGUGGCUGGAUGGCAAACAUGUGGUCUUUGGGAAGGUGAAAGAAGGCAUGAAUAUUGUGGAAGCAAUGGAGCGUUUCGGGUCCAGGAAUGGCAAGACCAGCAAGAAGAUCACCAUUUCCAACUGUGGGCAACUCUAAUUCUUUUGACUUGCCGACUUCUUCCCCACCAGACCAUUCACUCUGUAGCUCAGGAAAGCAUCCCCCUCACCCCACCUGCUCACAAUGCCCUGUAAUCUCUGUUCUCACUGAAAUUCUUUGACUUCCAUGUUUUCCUCAUUUCCCUACAAGUCUAUCUGAAUUGCAGAGUUAAGUUUAUGAUUAUGAAUAAAACCUAAGUAAAAACGGGGGAAAAAAGACUGGUUGAUCACACACAUAUCGAUGAAGUUAAAGAAAUGCACUCUUAAAACUGGCACCUAUCUUAGCCGGGCGGUGGUGGCGCACACCUUUAAUCCCAGCACUCGGGAGGCAGAGGCAGGCGGAUCUCUGUGAGUUUGAGGCAAGGCUGGACCGACAGUCUCCAAAACAAUACAGAGAAACCUUGUCUCAUAAAAACAAAAAACAAAACAAACAAAAAAAUUGGCACCUAUCUUUUCUGCCACCUUGAUGUAAUGAAUGGUACCAAUUCUUCCCAGCCACCCAAGACAGCAGGUAAAGGUCUGCAGCCAGAUAGUGAAGUUGUGAGUUCAGGUCAAGUAUUUUCAGUCCACUGGGCAUUUCCAACCAGAGUCCUCAAGUAUGUCAAAUAAUUAAUGAGGGCUUGCCCAGAAAAUAUCCUACAAAAUUCUUAUUUUAUCCAUGCAAAAUGUGUUAAGAUUUAAAAUGUCCCAUUGGGGGUGAGGCCAAAAAUGCCCAGGGCCCUCCCUGGAUUCUUAGUUCUCAGCCUUAGGUACUUCUAGAAGGAGGAAAGGGAAUGAUAGUCUAAAAACUGAUGUAAGCAAGGUCUUUGUAGUGUGAUGGGUCCUAAGAUUUGUAACUUCUCUUUAUUAUUUCUUCCCUCAUUGCCAUUUAUUGUUUUCUAGAUACAAUGGAGACUGGGAACAACACUACUGUAGGAAAAUCCAAGGGGAAGAGAAG